AGUGUGGCUGCCGUCAGCCACAGUCAUGCAGUUUUGAGAUAAUUUAUGGUUCAAGUUACGAUAAAUAAGCUAAGAAUAUUUUAUUUUUAAUAAUGUAUACGUUAAGCGCGCAUUUAAAUGGUUUACAGAAUAUUUCCAGGGUGGAACCAAUGUUUAGUUUGUUGUUUCGGGGUUGACAAUAUUUUCAGUUGCACGCCACACUUGAUAGGCGGCAGCAUGCUAACCGCUAUCAUUCGUUGGUAGAGCUAUGCAGACGCAUGCAACGACGUUUGCCAGCUGCGGAAAGGAGUGACACUGCAAGAUGUGUUUUUUAUUAACCCCUGCAAGUUAAUGCGGCCAAUGAGGUAUGCAAUGUGUGUGUUUAUGUCGUGAUGGGAAAUAAGAUGUUUGUUUGUGACAGAACUGUCGAGUCUAUGGUGGUCACGGGUAAUUUGUAAAUGCAAAUUUUCUCACGGCACCGUUGGUGGCACCUGUGUGCAAUAAAUGCCAGUCAAAAUUCAAGAACGCCUUGUGUCCGUUUUCAACUUGGAGGGAGUUACAGUGAGAACUCAAUCUGCUCGACAUAAGGCGAGGAGACAAGGACCUGUGCCUUUCACCCACUGAGCAAGAGGAAAUUCAUCGCACUAUAGCAUCAUACAGAUAAGACUGUGCAUACACCAGUAACCUAAGCAGCAAGAAGUUGCAGUUUCUGUGGAUGAUCCUUUAAGUGAUACGUUUAAAUCAAGUUAAAUGUGAAGAAGUGGAUCAAUUCUGGCAACUGCUUUAAAGGAACACUAUAAGAACUGAAACCUUUAAGUAAUCUGGUGCUCUGCAUAUGUUCUUUCUAAGUUUAUGGUUUUGUCCAAUUAAGAUUUAGAGGACGUGAAGUCAUUUACCUUCUGGUAUUUGGAUGCUAGAAGUGUUGUAGAACUAAGUGCUGCGUCGUAUGCGUUGUUGACUCAAGAUGGUAUUCAUUUAGAUAUUCCAUUAAGGUUUAAGGUGUUGUACAUUUUGAAGGUAUUAUAUGAAGCUCAUCUAAAGGCAAGGUUAAGCUUGUAGCUAUUAUUGUUUCAGGCAAUUGAGCUGGUAUAUUGUUCAACGCAUGUCUGUCAAGGUACAGCUGUAAUUUAUUUGUAAUUUAAGUAAUAAGUAAACAUUGCAAAUGGAUCAAAUGACUGAAUAUGAAACUAAGCAUGGCGACUUACUUGAGGGUAGUAGUGCCACAAAUGUACAGCAGUCACGUGAAGAGGAGCUACGAAGAGGUCAGAGACAUCGAAAGCUUACUGAGAAGGCUCAGCAACUGUAUGACGAUAAGUUAAGAAAACUUCAGCAUCGUUUCACUACAACUUAUGAUAAGUGGAAAGCAACCGCCAAGCAAGUUAAGAAAAUGAUAAUGGGAGCCCCCUCUGUUGAGGUUGUUAAGGAUUUGAUAUAUAAGUUAAGCUGUGCAUCAGCAAAUGUGAAACAUGCAUAUGAAGAUUUGCGCAAAUGUGCUUCCCCAGACAGUGAGAUCCGUCGUAGAGUAGAUACCUGUGACGCAUUGUCUAAAAUAAUCUUGGACAAUGCAACCACUUACCUUCAGAAGAAAGAUAACGAAGAUGUUCAGACAGAGGAUUUAGUCUGGCCUGAGUCUAGUUCAGUGCUUUCAUCUUCAGCUUCUCAAGGCACAAGUAAAGGCCCUCAAAUGAGUUUAAGCUCUGCAAGCAGUUCCAGCAUAAGGUCACAAAGGUCAAGCUUUUUCUCUAUUAAGAGACAAGAGGCCGUAGCAGAGCUGGCUGCCACACAAGCUGUACUAAAGGUCCUGCAGGACAUAGAAUGUGAAGAGCAAGAACUAGAAGACCUUGAAGAAGAAGAUAGAAAGAGGAUUGCAUUACAAGAGGAAGAAAAUGUGGCAAGAAAGAAAGCACUGGAAGAGAAGCGCAGACAAAUAGAGCGCUUACAGACUGUUAAGAAGAUAAGUGCAGCAAAGGCACGGCUCCAAGUUUAUGAACAAGAUGCAAGCUCAGAUGAGGAAAUAACAGAGCUACUUCAUAACCACGUGGCUCAGCAACAUAGAGCUCCAGGAGCUACAAGGAGUCCACGUGAGCGUACUGUGAUACACCAAGCAGAUAGUGUCACAGUCCUUGCUGAAGCAAUAGCAGAGUCUAUUAAUGUAAGCCGUCUCCCAACACCUGAACCGUCUGUCUUUAUGGGAGACCCACUAAGAUACAACGAUUGGAAGAUGUCAUUUCAAACCCUAAUAGGCAGAAAAAACAUUCCAGUAAAUGAAAAGGUUUAUUACCUUCGUAAAUAUGUUGGUGGACCUGCUAAAAGGGCCAUCGAAAGUUAUUUCCUACUAGGAACAGAUGAAGCUUAUAACUCAGCAUGGGAUAUCCUGGAAGAAAGAUUUGGAAGCUCAUUUGUGAUAGCUAAAGCUUUCAAGGAUAAGCUUGCAGCAUGGCCCAAAAUUGGACCCAAAGACAGUGUUGAGCUGAGGGAUUUUUCAGACUUUCUUAGAGGCUGCCAAGCUGCAAUGUCUCAGAUUAAUAGUCUGGAAGUAUUGAAUGAUUGUGAUGAAAAUCAAAAACUUCUAACAAAACUGCCAGAUUGGCUAGUAGCCAGUUGGAAUAGGAAGGUGAGUGAGAUAGAAGAAACGUGUAAUGUGUUUCCUACUUUCAGUCAGUUUGUGGAAUUCAUCACAAAGGAAGCAAAAAUAGCUUGCAAUCCAGUAACUUCUCUUUAUGCUCUGAAGUCCAAUGAUGUUGGAAAAAUAAAGACGACAAAGGCACGAAACAUUGGUGCAAAGGUGCUUGUGAGCAAUUCGGAAGAGAAUGUAGAACGCAUGAGAUGCGCCUUUUGUGACAAAAGCAAUCAUGGUAUUCAGACAUGCUGGAGAUUCAAGGAAAACCCAGUUGCAGAACGUGUUAAAUUUGUUCAGACAAAGAAGUUGUGCUUUGGAUGUUUACAACCAGGACAUCAUUCAAAGACUUGCAAAAAGAGGAGCGUUUGUGAAACAUGUAAGGAAAAACACCCAACAUGUUUACAUGAAAAUCGCGAAAGAGCAACCAGAAGGGAGAAAGGCAGCAAUGAGCAUGUGGAUAGUGUAAAAAACUCAAAUUACGCUAUGUCAAUGGAAAGAAUAGAGAGCAAACACACCCCUGAACCAUCAAAUGAAGCUACAUCAAACAGAGUAGUGCAAGGCAUGGACAGUAUGUACACUUCCACAGUUGUCCCAGUUUGGUUGUCUGCCUCAAGUAACCCAGAGAAUGAAAUUCUUGUAUAUGCACUACUUGACAACCAAAGCGACACCACAUUCAUUAUGCAAGAUAAGAUAGAAGCUUUGGAUAUGAAAGGGGAAGCUGUGCAGUUAAAACUCUCCACACUUUCAUCCAGAAAUACAAUCAUUCCAAGUAAAAGGUUAGUUGGACUGCAGGUGAGAGGUUUCUAUUCAUCAAAGAGAAUUUCUCUCCCUGUAACCUAUUCAAGAGAGUUCAUCCCUGCCAAUCUAAGUCACAUUCCUACACCAAAAACGGCAAGAGCUUGGCCACACCUAGAGCAUCUUGCCGAGGAGAUUGCUCCAUUUAUUGAGUGUGAUGUAGGGCUUCUCAUAGGAUACAACUGUCCACAGGCUUUGCUACCCCGUGAGGUUGUCCCAGGCAAAGAUAAUGAGCCAUUUGCUCAAAGGACAGAUCUUGGUUGGAGCAUAGUCGGUUGUGUUAGCCCCUGUGUCGACUAUGGUGAUGCUAUAGGAAGCAGUCAUAAGAUUGUCGUGAAGUCAGUGAAACCUCAUCUACAGACGUCUAAGAAGCUCACAAAUGAAGUGAAAUACAUAUGUCGAACCCAAGUUAAGGAGUUCAUUUCACCACCGGAUGUGCUGAGGAUGCUUGAGUCUGACUUCAGUGAGAAAAGAGUAGAGGAUGCUAAUUUAUCUCAAGAAGAUUUGCGUUUCCUAACCAUAAUGGAAAAGGGAAUCAAAGUCAAAGCAGAUGGUCACUGUGAAAUGCCACUUCCCUUCAAGAAAGAUCGACCAAGCCUCCCAGACAAUAAGGCAUGUGCAGUUCACAGGCUUCGAUGCUUGAAAGAAAGAUUUGAAAGAGACAAACAAUAUCAAAGGGACUACACGACCUUUAUGAGUGAAAUCAUAACAAAUGGGGAUGCAGAAAGGGUCCCUAUAGGAGAACUUAACAACAGUCCUGUGUGGUACAUUCCUCAUCACGGGGUGUAUCACCCACACAAGCCAGAGAAAAUACGGGUUGUGUUCGACUGCUCAGCAAGAUUCAAAGGCGUGUCAUUAAAUGAUCACCUUCUCACUGGACCAGAAUUGACGAACAGCCUGAUAGGGGUUCUCUGCCGCUUUCGCAAGGGACAAGUUGCUAUAAUGUGUGAUAUAGAGCGUAUGUUCCAUCAGUUUCACGUCAAAGCAGAGGACCAGGAUUACUUGAGAUUUCUCUGGUGGGACGGUGGAAACUUCCAGGCUCCACCAUCAGUCUAUCGCAUGCGAGUGCACCUAUUUGGAGCCGCCUCUUCCCCUGGUUGUGCAAACUUUGGCUUGAAACAUGUUGCCGCCCAAGGACAUGGUCACUAUAGUGAAACAACCAUUCAGUUCAUUGAACGAAACUUUUACGUGGACGAUGGGCUCACAAGUGUCUCAACCAAGGAUGAGGCCAUCAAGUUAGUAAAGGAAGCAAGGCAACUUUGCAGUGUUGGCAAACUGCGAAUUCACAAGUUCAUUUCUAACAAUCAUGAGGUGCUUGCAUCCAUUCCAGAGAGCGAACGAGCAGAUUCAGUACGGAAUCGAGACUUGGUUCUUGGUGAGUCUCGAAUUGAGAGAGCUCUGGGCAUCAAAUGGUGUAUUGUUUCAAACCAGUUCCAUUUCAGAGUGAUUGUGGAAGAACGCCCACUUUCUAGAAGAGGAGUCUUAUCGACUGUAGCAUCCAUCUAUGACCCUCUUGGCCUUGUGGCACCAUUUGUUCUGGUUGGAAAGCAAAUACUCCAACAGAUGUGUAAAGACAAGGUUGGAUGGGAUGAGCCACUGUCAGAAGAGCUUAAACCACGGUGGGAGUCUUGGCUGGCAGAUUUAAGGAACCUGGCUGACAUCAAAAUUCAGCGUUGUUAUCUUCCAGAAGGUUUUGAGAAAGUUGAAAGAUAUGAGCUGCAUCAUUUCUCAGAUGCGAGUGUUAAGGGGUACGGUGAAUGUUCUUACUUGAGAGCAAUCAGUGUCUCAAACCAAGUCCACUGCUCUCUAGUAAUUGGCAAGGCCAGGGUGACUCCUACAAAGGUCACCACUGUACCCAGGCUUGAGCUGUCAGCAGCAGUCAUUGCCGUGCGAAUGAGUGAGCUGCUUAAAAGGGAGUUGGAAGUUCAAACCAAGGAAUUCUUCUGGACAGAUUCGAAGGUUGUUCUUGGAUACAUAAACAACGAUGCUAGAAGGUUUCACAUAUUUGUGGCAAAUCGUAUUCAGCGUAUCCAAGAAGUCUCCAAUUCGGACCAAUGGAGAUAUGUGACUUCUGAGAACAAUCCAGCUGACCAUGCAUCACGGGGUCUGACAUCAAAGGGACUAGUUACUUCCAACUGGUUCACCGGUCCAGAUUUUCUCUGGCAAGAUAAACUUCCUACUGAUGACACUAAGGUGGGAGAGUUGGGAGUUGAAGAUCCAGAACUUCGUAAGACUUUUGUCCAUAAGAUACUGACCACAGAAGAUUCGUUGCUCAAUCAUUUCUCAAGGUUCUCAAACUGGAUAAGGCUAGUUAAGGCCAUUGCACGACUCAUACGAUGUGUCAAAGAGCUCAAGGGUCUGAUAGACAGAACAAACGAAGCCACCAGUCUUGAGGAGAGAAAAGAGGCAGAGUUUUUCAUCAUAGCCGCUGUCCAAAACGACCUGUUUUCUGAAGAAAUCAAAGACUUGAAAUCGAAGAAGACAAUAAAAGGAGAUCGUGCAAAUAGAUUGCACAAACUGAAUCCCUUCUUGGAUGAAAAGGGUGUGUUAAGAGUGGGAGGUCGGCUGAAGUAUGCAGAUUUACACCCACACAUCAAACAUCCAGCGAUCCUGCCGAGCAAAACCCACAUAUCAAGGUUACUGAUUGAACACUUCCAUCAAAGGGUUCAUCACCAGGGACGUGGGAUAACUAUGAAUGAGCUACGAUCGAAUGGCAUUUGGCUAUUGGGAUGUAGUCACGCAGUGUCUUCCUACAUCUACAAGUGUGUCAAAUGCAGAAAAUUCAGAAGGAAUGCUGAAGUGCAAAGAAUGGCAGAUUUACCGCAUGAAAGAGUUGAACCAUCGCCCCCCUUUGCCUAUUGUGGAAUGGACUGCUUUGGCCCGUUCUACGUUAAGGAAGGAAGAAAGGAACUUAAACGCUAUGGUCUGCUAUUCACAUGUCUGUGCUCGCGUGCUGUGCAUAUAGAGCUUCUCGACGACUUGACCAGUGAUGCCUUCAUUAAUGCUCUUCGAACCUUUAUAGCCAUACGUGGAAAUGUUCGACAACUUCGGUCAGAUCAGGGCACCAACUUUGUUGGAGCAAGACGAGAGUUUUUGGAGUCUGUAAAGAAAAUGGACCAAGAAAGCCUAAGACAAAUAGGUUGUGAAUUUGUCAUGAACCCAGCAUCUGCCAGCCAUAUGGGUGGGGUCUGGGAAAGACAGAUCAGGACGAUUAGAAGUGUUUUGACAUCUAUUCUUGAUCAUUCAUCUCAAAGACUUGACACUUCAUCCUUGCGUACCUACCUUUAUGAAGUCAUGGCAAUCAUAAAUAGUAGGCCCUUAACAACUCACCUGUUGAAUGAUCCCACUGGUCCACAGCCCCUUACGCCAAAUCACAUCCUGACCAUGAAGUCUUCAGUGGUUUUACCACCACCUGCAGCGAGGAAAAUGGUGCAAACCUCAAAGAAAUGCCAAAACCAAUGA